AUGUCAGUUUCUACAAUCUCAGAUUCACGCAAGAAGAAUCGUCCAGUUUCAGCAGCGGGCAGCCCUGUUACACUUCAAGUGGGAGAACGACGAUUCGUCACUACAAAGAAUACGAUGACAGGGGAGAGCCCUUUUUUUGCAGCACUACUGUCAGGGCGAUGGGAUAGUAAUGAGCAAGUGGACGGUUCCUAUUUCAUCGAUGCAGAUCCCAACCUCUUCGAACAUAUCCUGCGUUAUCUUCGACGAAGUGUUCUUCCCAUUUUCUACGAUAUCAAAAAAGGUCACGACCACGCUCUCUAUCUCGCGCUCUUGGGAGAAGCGAGAUAUUUCCAGAUUGCACGAUUAGAGAAUUGGUUACAGAACAAGAGAUAUCUUUACGCAGUAAGGAUCUACAGUUCUGUAGAGGAGUUGAACGAUUUGUGGUCGGAAUCUCUAAGUACAGAGGAGAUCGUAGAGUAUCGUCCGCGAUGGGAUACAAAACAAGUUUAUAUAUGUCCACGGGGGCUUGGUGUACACAGAGGUAAUUCGAACGCGUGUGGAAGGCAGUGUGAGAGGGCACGUGGUGAUUCGGAAUACAUAUAUGAGAAUGAGCCAGUCUUGAAGACGUUGGUGAUUCGAAAAAAGCUUGUUGUUGAUCAGGCUGCUUGUAUGGAGGGAUUGGAUGAAGAAUGA